AUGAGAGGAGCAACCCACUGUCAUAACCUAGAAAGAAGACUUUUCAGCUUUGAAAUCACCAUGGAGCAAGCUCAAUACUGGUUGUGGAUGAAGAGGAAACAACUUCUGAUGUCACAGCUUGAAGCAGCAACGGACUCCAAUUCCAAAUGUUCGUUAGAAGAGAAAGCUUUUGCAGAAGAUGCAUCUGGGCAUCUUGGUGGUUGCAUAUGGCCUCCAAGAUCUUAUUCUUGCAGUUUUUGUAAAAGAGAAUUCAGGUCAGCUCAAGCCCUAGGUGGUCACAUGAAUGUUCAUAGGAGGGAUAGGGCUAGGCUUAAGCAAUCUCUUACUCUUAGUCCUCAUAAAGAUGUUUUUCGACAUCAGAAUCAUAUCCAAAGGUCACUUAAAUCACUGGGAUCUCAUUUCCCAACUGAGGUUUGCAACUUAGAUAAUUAUGAUCUUGACCCUAAACUUUCUGUCUCUGGAACUAUUAAUAUCGCAUCAACUCUUUCCACUUCUAGGUUUUCAGCUUUGUCCACUCAUGAAAAUUUAAGUGAUCAUGCCUUUGUUUCUCCCUUUUCUUCUUACUUCGAACAAGAACAGCAUAAAGGGUAUCCUCAUUUCCAUAAUAAUUUAUCAGGGUCGGAUCAUUCUUUGGCAGUUAGACUUCUGAAUGAUUCAGAAUCAAAACCUGAAGCAGAAAAGAAUCAGGGUAAAUUAGAUUCUACAUGCUCGAGACAUGACAAUUUCGUUGCAACUGAUUUAUUUAUGGGCUUGAGUUCUGCUCCUAAUAGCCAGAGUUUAUCAUCUCCUGAUUCUUGUGGUAACGAGGCAAUCAGUUGCAAAGGGCCUACAACCAAUGUUUCAGUGCUCUCGCUGUUGGUUAAGCCACGUUCAAAUUAUGGAUGUACUCAAUCAGAGGCAAUCGGACCGAUGUCUAGCUCCAUGGAGGACAUAGAUCUUGAGCUCCGGCUCGGUGAGCCACCAAAGGUGAAGUAGUGUAGUAGUAGAGUGCAAUUGUACGGGUUGAAGGGCACAUAAACAUGUUAACAUGAGAAGAAAUUAAGAAAACAGUGUUUCUUAAUUUGGCACUUCCUCUUUUUCCCCUUUUCUCUAGCUGGUUUUGCUAGCUAUUAUCUAAUCAUUUAUAAGCAAACAACUCUUGUGCUAAUAUCAAAUUUCAAACAACUCUUGUAGUACUGAAUUUGAAAAGAAUGAAAAGCCUUUCUUUUACAUCUCA